AUGCAGGCCACUUUUGUUCUCUCCCUCCUCGCCGCCUCGGCCUCUGCCCUGGUCCACGUCCCUCGCCAAGGCGGCGUCAACCCGGCCGUCAUUCCUCAGGACUUUGGUGUCAAGGCCGGUGAUGGCCGGGACACCAUCCAAGUCGGAAGCUGUGUCGGCGCCAACCAGAAGCUCAUCCCCUGCGACUGCCCACCUGCUCCCAACGACCCAGACUUCCUCGGCAAGCUCUCCCAGGGCCUCAGCCAGGGCUUCUUCCCGGACCCCAGUGUGCCAAUUCCCAUCUCUCUUGGGGAGUUCAACGAUGCCUCCGAUACUUCGAUCGAGACUCAGAAGAGGCGCGGCACUGCCAUGAUCCAGGUCUUGCAGAGCUUAAACGGUGCCAAGGGGUCGGGCUGCCCAGGUGUUGCUGCACCCAACCUGGUGAAGCUUCAGCAGACGGGACAGAUUGGGGCCGGCAGCGUUGGCAACGCCGGCAAGUAA